AUGACUGUGUCUAAGAUUACUGGUCUUAUUCUGGGUUCGGCGGCCCUUGUAGCUGGCCACGGCUAUGUCCAAGGUAUUCUCAUCGAUGGAGAAAGCUGGUACAGUGGCUACAUCGUGACCGAGUUCCCCUACGAGUCCGACCCCCCGGAGGUGAUUGCAUGGGCCGAGGAUGAAACCGACCUGGGAUACAUUGACGGGACCGAGUAUGCCGAGCCCAACAUUAUCUGCCACAAGAACGGCACCCCGGCAGCCCUUUCGGCUGAUAUCAAGGCCGGUGGAACGGUUGAGCUGCAGUGGACCGACUGGCCCACCUCCCACCACGGCCCCGUCAUCACCUACCUGGCCAACUGCAAUGGAGACUGUUCCUCCGUGGACAAGACCGAGCUGGAGUUCUUCAAGAUCGACCAGGGCGGCCUGAUCAACGACACUGCCGAGCCGGGAACCUGGGCUUCGGACGAACUGAUCGCCAACAACAACAGCUGGACCGUCACUAUCCCCACCGCAAUUGCAUCAGGCAACUAUGUCCUCCGCCACGAGAUCAUCGCCCUUCACUCCGCCGAGGAGCUCAACGGCGCCCAGAACUACCCCCAGUGCAUCAACCUGAACAUCACCAGUGAUGGUACGGACACUCCGACCGGUACCCUGGGAGAGGCCCUGUACAACGACACCGACCCGGGUAUCCUCAUCGACAUCUACCAGUCUCUUAGCACGUACGUUAUCCCAGGACCGACGCUCUACUCUGGCUCCGGCGCCGAGGCAACCGUGACCGCUGCUGCGGCCGGUACUGUCUACACGACCGACUACCUCACCGCAACCGCCUACGCUACCGAGGUCGUCACCGCCGGCAGCUCCCCCCAGCAGACCGAGGCAGCUGGUUCCAGCGAUAGCAGCAGCAGCAGCAGCAGCAGCACUACUUCCUCGGCUUCUUCUGCGAGCUCAUCCACUGCCGUCAGCAGCAGCAGCCUGACGAGCUACUUUGACUCCCUGAGCGCCUCGCAGCUUCUCGAGGUCAUCGAGAGCACGGUCUCGUGGCUAGUCAGCUCUAGCAAGGUCCACGCCCGGGAUCUUACCGUUUAA